CUUGGACAUUACAGUCUCAGCUGCUUGUCUAUAUUCAGAUCCGUUGAUUUUACUAGCGGAAUUUACUUAUUCGGAGAUAGUUGAUUGGUUUAGUGACAAUCUCGCCGAAUCUUACCAGCCAUGCCGGUCGUCAAAGGAGGUGUUUGGACCAAUAUCGAGGACGAGGUCCUUCGUGCGGCGGUAUCCAAGUACGGUCUCAACCAAUGGGCGCGUGUAUCUUCGUUGUUGGCUAGAAAAACGCCAAAGCAGUGUAAAGCACGAUGGGUUGAAUGGCUAGAUCCCGGUAUCCGAAAAGUCGAGUGGUCUCGCGAGGAAGAUGAGAAGCUGCUACAUUUGGCCAAGUUGAUGCCGACACAGUGGCGGACAAUCGCGCCCAUUGUAGGACGCACAGCAACUCAGUGUUUGGAGCGCUAUCAGAAGCUUCUGGAUGAAGCGGAGGCUCGUGAAAAUGAUGAACUAGGCUUGGGAGGGCCCGGUGCGGAAUCCUCCGCUCCUAGUGCGGACGACGUCAGGCGGUUACGACCCGGUGAAUUAGAUCCCGAUCCAGAGUCAAAGCCCGCUCGUCCCGAUACAAUCGAUCUCGACGAAGAUGAGAAGGAAAUGCUGAGCGAAGCUCGUGCACGUUUAGCGAAUACACAGGGUAAAAAGGCGAAGCGCAAGGCUCGAGAGCGACAAUUAGAAGAAUCACGACGCCUGGCAGUCCUUCAGAAACGCCGCGAACUGAAAAAUGCGGGCAUUAAUAUCAAGGUUGUUACCCGCAAGCAGGGCGAGAUGGACUACAACGCAGAUAUCCCUUUCGAAAAGCCCGCCGCUCCUGGAUUUUAUGACACUAUGGAGGAAGAAGCCCGAAACGAAAGGCAGCGGGAAAUGUUCGACCCCCGGAAACAACAACUGGCCAACAAGCGUAAAGGAGAUCAAGACGAGGAUGCCGACCGCAAGAAGAGGAAAAAUGACAAGAAUAGUAACUCCGCUGCUUUUGCUGCUGCUGCACGAGCCGGUCAGAUGCAGAAGAUCCGAGAGGCGGAACAAAGUAGCAAACGACGAGCACUGGUUCUGCCCACCCCUCAAGUUAGCGAGAGCGAGAUGGAAGAUAUUAUCAAGAUGGGGAUGGCAGGGGAUAGAGCCAGUAAAAUGGCUGGUGAUGAAGAUGGUGCCCGUGGCCUGAUUGGGAAAUACUCAGCUAUUGUCGGGGGAACCCCAAUCAGAACGCCUAGGGCUCCGCCAGAGGAGGAUCACAUUGCCAACGAGAUCCGCAACAUCAGAGCAUUGACAGAAACCCAGUCAUCCCUGUUAGGUGGAGAAAAUACUCCUCUACACGAAGGAGGAUCUUCUACAGGCUUCGAUGGGAUCGCUCCCCGACGUCAACAAAUCGUGACUCCAAAUCCAAUGGCCACGCCUUUCCGACAGGGAGGUGCAAUGGGUGCCACACCUAUGCGAGGCGGUAUUGGUCCUGGUGCAACCCCCCUACGAACCCCUCGAGACCACUUCGCACUGAAUCAGGAGGUGGGAGGUGGACAGCUCGUUGGAAGCACUCCCAAAGAAAUAAGGAUGCAAGAGAAUCUCUCUCGCCAAAGCAUCCGCAGCAAGCUGGCUGCUCUCCCCAAACCCAAGGAAACUGAGUGGGAGCUCGAGGAACUUCCCGAUGAAGCCGCUGAGCCUGGUACGGCCACUGAAUACGUAGAAGAGGACUCGGCUGAGCGAGAUAGAAGGGAACGAGAAGCUCGAGAGCGAGCUGCUGAAGCUGAGCACAAACGCCAAACCCAGGUUUAUCAGCGUGCACUACCCCGUCCUAGUGUUCUGGAUAUCGACGCAUUAAUGGAACGGGCGUCACAUGUAACGGACCCGGUUGUUGGCUUGAUUACGAAAGAAGCUGCUCUUCUUAUUGCUAACGAUGCACGCAAAUUCCCUGUCCCCGGUUCGAAAGUAGAAGGGAAGCCUCGAAAGUUGGAAAAGCUUGAUGAUCAGUUGUUGGAGCAAGCUCGUGCGGCCAUUGCCGCUGAAAUCACAUCAGCUGGCAAGCUGCAAGAGUGGGCGGACGAAUUUGAUAGCCAGUGGUCGUCCAGGCACUCUAGUACUAUUCCGGGUCUUUCAAACUACGCCGAUGAUGGGGAAGAGGAUGUCUAUGAACAAGAGCAGCAGAUGAUUGGCGCGUUUGAUAAUGUGCAAGCCAAUUUACUUGCUACUGCGGAUCGGGGGAAUAAGCUGGAGAAGAAGCUGGCGCUUCAUUAUGGUGGAUAUCAAAACCGGGCGAAGACGCUACGAACCAAGAUUGUGGAAGCGCACGCAGCCCUCGAAAAAUCGACAGAUGAGCUGGAUGCUUUCCGCACCCUGCAAAUUUCAGAAGAAUCGGCGAUUUCGAGGAGGCUCGAGAAACUACGAGAGGAUGUGGCCUUUGUGAUGCGACGAGAACGAGAAGCCCAAGAGCUCUAUCGAUCCCGAAAGGAGGAGCUGGAGGAGCUGGUUGAGGUAAAAAUCACCAAGGCGGUCGGUCUCUCUUCCACCCUGCACAACAGACAUUCCUCACCAUCUUUUCAUCCCGGUUUUCUCAUCCAUCGGGCUGGGAAUCCCUCUUUAGAUACGAUGGGCGUCAGGGAUUCUCAUGGGGAGGCCACUGGGACUCCCGACCCCGUCGAGAAGGGGUUCGCCACCCUCAACACCAUCAGGAUCGGUGUCAAGGCCAUGGUGCAAAAGGACGGGGAAUUGCGAAAAGCGGAGAUCCUGUCCAUUAAACAGCGGAAAGAUGGUCUUGCUUUCUAUGUCCAUUAUGUAGACUUUAACAAGCGUCUUGAUGAGUGGAUUCCGUCUGCGAGGAUUGACUUGUCUUAUGAAGUUGAAUGGCCUCAACCUGAGAAGCCAGAAAAGAAGAAGACUGGCCCAGCCAAGGCUCCAAGCAAGAAUAAGCGGCCCCAAGCUGGCAGCCGUGAUGUCUCUGCAACCCCAGAUCUUCUCGCUGGCAAGAAUACCAACGUGGGUAAAGCCCAGCGGCCAUCUAAAGCAGGUGGGAAAGAAAAUCGCGAUGAUACCCCCGUGAAUUUGUCCAUCGUGGGCUCGGAAGCCGUGUCUGCAGAGGCAACACCUAAAGCCGAUUCCGAUGAUAUUGACAUGAUUGACGUGAGCUUCUCUGAAGCCAAAGAUGUGAAGGAGGAAGAAGAGAAGGCUGGCCUCAUGUCUCGAGAAGAAGAAAUUGAAAGGCUGCGUACGAGUGGUAGUAUGACUCAAAAUCCCACAGAAAUCCACCGCGUUCGAAACCUGGAUCGUCUUCAGAUGGGCAAGUUUGAUGUCGAGCCCUGGUACUUUUCGCCUUACCCUGCAUCGUACUCCGACGCAGAAGUGGUUUACAUUGACGAGUUCUGCUUAAGCUACUUUGAUGAUAAACGCGCAUUUGAGCGUCACCGCGCAAAGUGUACGCUUGUGCACCCUCCUGGUAACGAGAUCUAUCGGGACGACUACAUCUCCUUCUUCGAAGUGGAUGGCCGUCGCCAACGCACCUGGUGCCGUAAUCUCUGUCUCCUCAGCAAACUCUUCCUUGACCACAAGACCCUUUACUAUGACGUUGACCCAUUCCUUUUCUAUUGCAUGUGCACCCGCGACGAAACCGGCUGCCACCUAGUCGGCUACUUCUCCAAAGAAAAGGACUCCGCUGAAGGCUACAAUCUGGCUUGUAUCUUGACCCUCCCCCAAUACCAACGACGCGGGUUCGGAAGACUCCUCAUUUCCUUCAGCUACGAGCUCAGCAAGCGAGAAGGGAAGCUAGGGUCGCCAGAGAAACCCCUGAGUGAUCUUGGACUGUUAGGAUACCGACAGUACUGGCGUGAAACACUUGUCGAGUUGCUCAUGGAGCCUGGUCGCGAAUCGAUAAGUGAAAACGAACUGGCCGUUUUGACGUCGAUGACGGAAAAGGACGUCCAUGAAACCCUAGUCGUCUUCAACAUGCUCCGGUAUCACAAAGGAAACUGGGUUAUCGUACUUACUGACCAAGUGGUGGAAGAGCGAAAGAAGCGACUAGAAAAGGAGAAGCUCAAGGGAUCUCGCAAGAUCGACCCUGCGCGACUCCAAUGGAAGCCUCCCGUGUUCACUGCAUCCAGCCGAACAUGGAACUGGUGAACAUCUGUGGGAGGUUUGUUUGUUUGUUUUUUUUUUUUUUUCUUGUACACUUAUUACGCGUAUUAGCAAGGAGAUGAUGGCAUGCAUUAUGGCGUUU